CCAUUUCUUCCUGCCUGAUCAUUUAAACUUAAAGCUAAACGGAUUCCUACAUAAAUUCAGUCAUGCUCGUUUAAUGGUAAACUGUACUGUUUUAACUGCGUGUCCAGCAGCUGGUGGGGUGUUAUUCUGAAGGCUGUGUGUUAUUUUGAAGGCUGUGUGUUUUAUUUUGAAGGCUGUGUGAGGACGCUGUACUGCUCGCUUGCUAACCAUCCAGGGCACACCGUGUACUCGUGUUUUACUGCCCGUGGAGGUCUGCUCUGUCCGGCUGCUGUUGCUGGAGUCCGUGUCGCAUAUUAUCCCCCUUCGGCUUUGUCGUCCGUCAGCACCCGGUUGCCUUUUGGACAAGGACGGUCGUUCGUCCAGCUUUGACUGUAAGAAUUAAUGUGCCUGAGUGUCUGACACACGUCUCUUCCAUGGCUACCUCGGGCUCCACCUCUUCUGCCUCCAUCACCGCCGCCGUGCCUGAGGGUUUCCAUUAUGAAACCAAAUACGUCGUCCUUAACUACCUGGGAAUGCUGCCUGCCGGUCGAUCACAGGCACCAGCUCUGUCUCAAGGAGAUGUCCAGAAUGCGAGAGAGAGGGCCAGAAUGAUUAAAGAGCAGAUAGAGGACGAGCUGAGACGACUGGAAGAUGAAAUCGCUGCCUCUUUUUCCAGCACAGGUUUCGACCGCCACACGUCGCUGGUGUUCAGCCCGACCAACCCAGAGAGCUCCAUUGAAGACUGUCUGGCUGCGAUGGGAGAUAAAGUGACCAGAGAGCUGGACACACAGCUGGCAGCAGCCGUGCACACACUCCUCACAGGACCUCUGGACUUUCAGAAAUUCAGAGAGACAACACUGGAUCUGUCCACACACACACAGGGAGGCUGGAGCAAGGUCGUCGUGCCGUUGCUGCUGCUCCAGUCCUUACAGAGUGAAGGUCAGUCUGUGACGACUCUGCUGGAUCUCGGACUGCGCUACCUGGAGGAAGACGAAGCUGCCUUCAUCAUCCAGCAAGGAGGAUGGGGUGAAGUGUUCAGUCUGGUGUCAGAGGAGGAGCGAGGCGUGACCAUCGCUGAAGACAGCAACGACAUCUACAUCCUCUCAGGGGACCAUCAUCCGGAGCAGCUCAGCCCUCCGUCGUCGCUGCUCUGCACCGGAGAGAACAGCAGCGAGCAGAGCUCCUGGCAGACAGAAAGCUUACCGGUGUCUCUGGCCGGCCACGAGUCCUGGGCACAGGUUGGAAUGAUGGAUCCUGAAGACGUCAAGAGCUUGGACAGCAACGAGGGCGUGGCUCUGGCUGAGGAGCGCAGCGAGAACAACUCCUCAAACUCAGACAUUGUCCACGUGGAGCGAGAGGAGGCGGAGCUGCUGGAGGAAGGCGGUGAAGGCGGGGCGAUAGAAGAAAGCAUGAUGAGCGUUUUAGGCACUGAGAGCGAGCUGGCCGAGCUCAGGCAGGAAUUCAGGGACCAGACUCCACCCGUUCCAGCGUCCGAUCAGGCCGGCUGCACGCCUCCGGCUUCCUUGAUGUCAUUAGAGGAGCCGGUUGUGAUAGAGACUCCUGCAAGCUUGUCUGCAGAACCUUCCUUCAUCUCCUCAGAACCAGAGCUGCCUCCCCCUGAAGCUCCUGCUCCCUCUGAACCAGAACCUGCAGCACCUUUACCUGUUCCUGCAGUAGAACCAGAGCCUGAGCCAGAACCAGCUGCUGCCACCGCCCCAGUGCCUGCUGAGGUGGACACCCCGCCUCCAGCCAAGGAGACCCCAGAACCAGAGCCUGAACCCACAGCAGAACCAGCUUCUGAACCGGAGCCGGAGCCCGUCUCAGUGCCUCAAGUACCAGAAGAACCCCAGAUAGAACCAGAGACUGUGGCCGACCCCGACGCCACGCUGAGUGAGCCUCCGGUCCCCCAGGCUGCAGAGGCCCCGGUAGAGGAGGCCCUGGGGCAGCCGGUCCCAGCAUCAGAGCUCCAGGUCCUGCUGUACAGAGGCGCUGCCCUGGCGGUCCUGGCUGCUGUCAUGACGUACGGCAUCAUAAGAUUGAGGAGGAAGUAGAACAGAAAAACACAAAUGAUGAGGUAGAAAUAAACACAGCGGGACUCUCCUUACAAACGGUAUUGGAUUUAUCAAAUGAGGUUUUUUUUAAAUCUAAUAUACUUUUGAAGGUUUUAUAAUCUGUGAAAUUGCCCCCACCCCAGCAAACCAAACCUUCACCUCAUCCACAGCCUGGUGUUCCUGGCUGUCAUUAGACCAGGUGCUGAAAGGGGAAAACGAAGCACUCCACUGCUCUUCUUACCCUCUCCAUGUUGCCAUUUUGUCUUUUAACUUCUUUUUGACUCCAACCUUCAGCUCUCCUCCUCUGCUAGUUUUGCUUUCUGGUCUUCUGUUGUGUCUGUGGCUUUUCUGUUUGCUGCCAUCUGAGUCAGCGGCCCGACAUGGAAAGUUUGCAGACAGUAGAUGAAGUAAACCUCAAAGUCCACAGGAACUGUUGCUGUGUCACUUGUUAUUUUCUAGCUCUUCCUGUUCCUAUGCAGCAAAGUGCCAUUUACAUCCUCCCCUGUGUGAUGCUUCCUCUGAUAAACGAACCAAAUGUAGGAUGUAGAAAUGAAAUGUGGUUAGUUCUGUCAAUUUGAAACCACUUCUGACUAAAAGUUCUGGUUUAUUAGCUCAAAUUAAUGCUACAUGUUUCCACAAGGGAUUUAUUUUAGUUCAGGUGUUUAAUUUUUUGUGUUGAAACAUUGAAGAUUUUGCUCAAGAAUGGAUGGAAGUAUUUAAAUGUGCCCUAAGGUAGAACACUACUGCUGCCGCCAGUGUGACGGUCUGAAAACAUUUCAGUACAACGCGGUAGUAAUUGUUGUUGGGGUGCAUGUUUUCAUAGGAUGCUGGUUUCUUCUUAAACUGCACUACGUUUUGAUGUCAGCUGCUGCUUCUGCUUCACAAAGCAAAGCGAGUGCAGAAAGAACGUGACUGCUGCACGUGAAUUCAGUCUUCCCUUUAAACAAAAUGCACAACAAACUCCACUUCUCCACCUUCUCAGCCAGGUGUCUUUAAUCCCCAGUGUUUCCCCUUUUACAGCUCGUAUUUCUGACGUCUGUCUCACUGACAGGAUACGAACUACAAACCCUCCCAAGUAGCUGAAAAUAAGUCAGUAGGCCACUGAGAGGUGUGGAAAGCCAAACCAGAUUGUUCAGUGACAAUCAAAAUUGCAUGUUUCGGUUUCACCUGUGCUUGAAGAAUGAUGUUUCAGAUUUGAUUUCUAAGUGACUCACCCUCUUAUGGUUGCUAUGAAAUUAAGUUUUUUUGCAUCAGUAUUUCCACCAAGCUACCAAAUUCUCUGCAGUUCUGAGUGAGAAAAUGGAUAUUGGAGAAGUUCUUAACCCUCCUGUCGUCCUCAUUUACGGGCAUCAAAAAUAUUGUUUCCUUGUCUGACAAAAAUUCUCCAGAUUUCUGGAAAUGUGCAAACUUUCAGGAAGAAAAUUCCAGUAAUUACUUAAGUUUCCCUUUAAAGUUUUAUUUAAAAAUAAAAAAAUAAUCGCCCAGAUUUGGCAAGAAAAUUCUUGUAAAUACUUUCACAAAAUGAGUAAAAAUCCUCCCAAAAAAAUCCUAAAAAUAUCUAAAGUGAUUCCAUAUGCAUCAGUAAAACUUCUAUUUUCUUUAAGAACAUUCACACAAAAAAUAAACCAAAAUCCAGUGAAUUUCGCUGGAUUUUGGUUGAUUUUUUUUCUGAAUGUUCUUAAAGAAACAUUUGUUUUUCCACCAAAAAGUUUCACUGUGAAAAUGUUUUUUGUUUUGUUCCCCCCCAAUCUUUAAAACAGGUCAGUGUGACCCGUAGGACGACACGAGGGUUAGAGGAUGAACGUAAGCCGACGUGGUGGAAAAUCCCUCAGCCCCUCAGAUUCAGUUUAGAAGGAAAAUUAGUCACCCUGCCCUCUGGAAACUCGUGUAAUUUAGUUGUUAGCUAUGAUUUUAAAUGAUUGGUUAAGUUGUAUCGUGUAAAACAGAAAUGAGCAACGGCUGGUACGACGUGGCGAUGAACGGAAAAGAUGUUUUGGUGUUUGUCUCAGUAUUCCACAUGGGAAUCUCAUCAACCCAAACAACCAGUACAGAGCCGGAGGCGUUUCCUACAACACCCUGUUUGAAAUGAGAACAAUAAAAAGGUUCAACUGCU